CCCUGGCAGGACCCAACCAACUUCCACACGCACACAGGAAAAGUCGGGAAAACACAUCUGUCCCCGCAUGUCGCUGUUUCUGCAUUUCUGCAUGUAUUUUUAAAGCUGUUCCGGUGAAUUUUAGCAGGGGAGCGGUGCGCCGGAGCGCUGCUGGAGGAGUUAUCGCCACUUGGCCGCUGUUGUGGGCGGUGUAACGUGCCAGCGCUGGGACGGUUCGCUGCGAUGGAGAGCAUGCACUAACCGGAUUUGGAUUUUUUAAAUUUUUCUUGGAUUACUCCCCGUUUAACAGACCCGGUUAGUUUCCCGUUCAUUUUAUCCUGGUUUUACUGUCAGUGUGGAGUGGUGAAUACUUUCAAAAUGCCUGCAAAAACCAAGUACAACCUCGUUGAUGAUGGGCAUGAUUUGAGGAUCCCUUUGCACAACGAGGAAGCGUUCCAGCAUGGGAUCAACUUCGAGGCAAAGUACAUCGGCAGUCUGGAUGUGACGCGGCCGAGCAGCCGAGUGGAGAUAGUGGCUGCGAUGAGAAGAAUACGGUAUGAGUUCAAGGUGAAAAACAUCAAGAAGAAAAAAGUCAACAUCGUGGUGUCUGUAGACGGUGUGAGAGUGGGCUUGAGGAAAAAGAAAAAAAGGAAGGAGUGGACGUGGGAUGAGAGCAAGAUGAUGGUGAUGCAGGAUCCCAUUUACAGGAUAUUCUACGUCUCUCAUGACUCGCAGGAUCUGAAGAUUUUCAGCUACAUCGCCAGAGACGGACAGAGUAAUGUUUUCCGCUGCAACGUUUUCAAGUCAAAGAAGAAGAGUCAGGCCAUGCGUAUUGUUCGGACAGUCGGCCAGGCGUUCGAGGUUUGUCAUAAACUGAGUCUGCAUCACACACAGCCGAACGCAGACGGACAGGAGGACUGUCACAGUGAGAAGAACGGCAACGACUCCUCCAUCACAGGCGUGCGUGCUUAUCCACCUGUAUGUGUGUGUACUUUCCUCGGCCCAGCUCGGGAGAUAACGGCCGUGGAGGAGCCGGCAACCGUCGCCGAGGAGACAGAUAUCGAUGCGGAAGAGCCGGCACACGUGCCGUCAGCGGAGGAGUUAAACCCCAAUAGAGGGGUGACCGAUUUAGACGCCACAGCAAAGACGCCUGACGUUAACCCAGUGGAGACGAAGGCUUCAGAGGAGGCUUCUCUCCUGAUUGCCAGCCCCAGGAUGCUGCUCCCUGCAUCGGGCACACUGCCACCAGGUGGCCCCCUGUCGACCCACCACCAGAUCCAGCUGCUCAACCAGCAGCUCCAGCAGCAAGAGCAGCAGACACAAGUCGCUGUGGCACAGGUCCACCUGUUGAAGGACCAGCUGAGUGCGGAGGCCACAGCUCGGCUGGAGGCCCAGGCCCGGGUCCACCAGCUGCUGCUGCAGAACAAAGACCUGCUGCAGCACAUCUCCCUGCUGGUUAAACAGAUCCAGGAGAUAGAGACCAAGAUGGCCGGACCAAACUCCAUGGGAUCUCAGGACAGUCUGCUGGAGAUCACUUUCCGAUCGAUGGUGCCUCCGGUGAUGUGCGACGCCACGACGCCCAAACCUGAUGUGUCCAUGCUCAACCUCCCCGGGCUGGGCUCCACUGACGGGAACGCCUUCACUUCUUCCAACGGGACUCUGGGAAGCCCCCUAGUUGACCAAAGUAUGUUUGAGAACUCCGUUGCCCAGCAGCAGAGUCCUCAGACGUCCAGGCCCGGCCCCCCCUCGGCCCGCCGCCCCCCAGCAUCAGCUAACCACAACCUGGGGUCCAGCUCCGUCGACUCUCCUUCCUCCGGAGGACAGCAGAGGCUUAAGAAUGCCAUUAACCUGGGCAAGGCUGUCGGGGCAAAGGUCAAUGACUUGUUAAGAAGAAAGGAGUCCAGCCACCUGGGGGACAUUGGGGUCACAGAGGUCAACAAGAACGUUGAUGUGGUGUGGAGCUGUAUGGAGCAACUCAAUCAGACCACUGCAAACAGUCACAUCUCUUCCUUCGACUCCUUCCCCCGGCUGGACCCACCACCCCCGACGGGGAAGAAGCGUCUGCCCCGGGCUCUGAAGACCACCCAGGACAUGAUGAUCUCCUCUGACCCUGUGGUCUCCUCCCCGGACCCCGCUGACUCUUCCUCCUUCCUCUCCUCUCCCGAGAAGUCGCCCCUCAUCGGCCCAGAGGAGCCGAGGAACAGUGAGGAGCAGGAGCGGGGCCAAAAGGAGGACGAGGGGUCAGAGGAGACCCCCCUGGGCCCCGCAGAGAAGAAUGCUGAUCGCUGGGAGAAGACGGGGAGCAACGGAAAAGUCCAUGGAGUCACAGGUGGAGGAGAAAACGAGGUGGAGAGCGGGAGCAGUGACGGAGGCGAGGAGGAACAUCAGCCCCAGCUCUCUGUGCCGGACCUCAUCAACAAAGACCCCCCGAUGGUGGAGCCCAGAGCCAAGCCCUGCGACGUCUGGCAGAAGGCGUCGGGGCCCGAGUCCCGUCUGGCAUCCACCCCUUCGGGGAAGACCUCCUGCCGCAUCAGCCUGGGUGAAGACAUCCUGCUGGGGAACGGUGCGCCCUGCAGUAAAGGGGCUGAAGACCUGGAGCCCCACCCCGACCUGCUGUCGUUUGAGUAACAAGCCAGAUUGCAGAUCAGUACGUCUCAAAAAGUUUCUGCUCUUCAUUCCAACUAAAGUGGUCAUUCAAACGGACUGAUGGAGUACUGAUCAAACAUUCACUGCCACUUCUAUAUACUUCCUGCUCCAGGGUUUGCUUUAGGGAAAGGGAACACUUCCAGGAAUCAGGACAUGGCCCGGAUCUUUUGACCAAGACACUGCAAGCUUCAUGCAGAGGGAUACAUCAUUUAACAUUUCAAAUUAUAAAACACACAUAUAUUAAGGAAUCAUUUUUUCAUUUAGUGUUUUAACACUUCCAAAGUUUUAUAUCAUGUAACCUCUGCUUUAGUUAUGAAGAAAUAUCAGAUAAUGAGUUUAAUUGAAGAAAUGAAAUAUCCCUUUUAAUGGGCGGAAUAAGUAACAACUACUCAAUUCUAACAAAGAUUAUUACUUUUAAAGGAUUUAUUAAGUUAUUAUAGUAUCAUGCCAUUCAUUUUAAAAGGGAUAUUUGCUUCAUAAUGUCCACAUCCUACAUAAGCUUCUACUAUGAAACCAAUUACAAUAUAUAUAAAGCAAUAUAUUUUACAUUCAAUAUAAAUAUAAGUGAUAGCAGGUUUUUGGUCAGUGUCAUUUCCAGCAUGAAAACUGAAUACACAAAGAGGGAAACAAGAUGGAGAGGCUUGUGGAGUGUGGACGUGUUAAAGAUGGAGAGGCUUGUGGAGUGUGGACGUGUUAAAGAUGGAGAGGCUUGUGGAGUGUGGACGUGUUAAAGAUGGAGAGGUUUGGGGGGGGGGCUUCACUUUCAGUUCAUUCGGUACAAAAUGUCUUGCAGCAGUUUCUCAGAUUGUGUCAGGCCUAGAAGACUUUUGACCCGUACUGUAGCUUAAUUCAUAUUAAGUAAUGCAUCCCCCUAUUGGUCCAGAAGGAGGUAUACAUGUUCCGCUCCUACGCUGGCCUCUGGCACAGAUUGUGAUCCUGAAAAUGACCUCUUUUUAUUUUUUCAAGUAAGAUUAUUGACCUGCAUCCCAAUCAAUAGGUCACCUCUGUUUUGAUUUAUUUAUAUUUAAGAAAUCUGGGAUAGUAAUUUUAAAAAGGGGAUUAGGAUUUUUGAAAGGACUCUUUGCUGGAUCUGGAUUAAACAGUGUUUCCUGGCAGCAGCAAACUGAGUUUCAGAACGUAAACGGAGGAAACCAAUACUACGUUUAAAAGACUUUUGGUAUUAUGUGGUGCUGGCAUAUUACAAUAACAAAUGAGGCAGCUUUGCCCUGGACCCCAGUCAAUAUGAACUAAUAUGUCCUGAGCAAAUAUUGGUAGAAACUAAAUUGAGCAAUUUGCGGGACCAGAUUGAGAGAAUUUAAAUGAACGCAUCUCUGGUCCAAAAUGAGAAUGACUUUCAGGCUUCAUUACUGCUGACAUUUGUUGUUGUUUAUGAACUGAAAGCAGACUCUUAUUACACCCCAAAACCUGACAUGAAUGAUGAAAAGGAUGAAAGGAUGAAAGGAUGGGCUGCUGAGAAGUUGUUUUCCAGCUAAAGAGCCCGAGAAGAUAAUGAGCUGUCAACAGAGAGAGAUGAAAGGUGUGCUUAAUCACCGAGUGACAGACCAAAGACAAAAUAAUUAGCGGCUCGAUCUUGUUUUGUCCGAUUGUUUUGAGUUGAAAGGAAGCAAUAAUUCAUGAGGAAUAUAUAAUCUUCUCCUUAAUGUUAUGGUAAACCAAAGUCAGAGCGUUUCAAAUAUUUAAUAGCGAUUCACUGGCUUGUUUUUUCAUUUUCUGACUUUUCUGACUCACCAGAUACUGAGUCAGGUGUUCAGCUGCUUAACGGUGAGCUGAUAUGAACACUAAAUAACCUGCUGCUGCGUUAUCUGCUUCUACUGAAUCAAUGUGUGGCUGUUGCAGAAGUUGUCUUAGAGAAAUUCUGUAUUUUAUCAACACUAUUAGCAUUAGUGUGUUUUUAUUAACAAGGAUACAAAUUUCAAACCCGAAAAAAAUCCUGUUUUUUCUGUGAGAUCCUCAAGUGGCCUCUGUGAGUGACCGCUGUGUCCUCGUAAGGAUUUCCUGACUUCAAAAAUAAAGGGUGAAAAUUCCCAGAAGACAGUGAGCGGGACACAGAGCCAGCUGGAGUUUGGCCCAGCAGAAUGAGAGGAAUGUGGCACAAAGAGAAAGGAAGCUUUGUCUCUCUGACUCCGUCUUACCUUAAGACGGAGUCAGAGAGACAAAGCUUCCUUUCUCUUUGUGCCACAUUUAUUUGAAGCUGUAACAAAACAGCUGACGUACCCUACGAGCUCAACCAAAUUACACAAAAUAAUUUCCUAAUUCUUUCGACCUUUUUGUAGACAGUUUAAUACAUUUUAUCUUAAGUCUUAAUAGAAAAAACAUGAUGUAGAUUGUACAGAGGGCCUUUUGUGGAAUCGCUCUGCUGAGUUUCCAAAUGUCAUGUUCGAGUGCUUUUAUGAGCACAAACUAAAUCUAUCUCCACCAGAUCGGGGUGGCAGAUGUUUCCUAAAUGAAACCAUUUGCAUUGCUAGAUGACACCUGAGUGGAAAAUGUGUUAAAUGAACUGGCCCUUAAAUAUCUGAGGGACUAGAGAGUGGAAAGCAAAAAGACCAGAAGUAGAGACCUUUACUAAAGUGAUGAUUGUAAUUACCCAAAUAUAGACCAACACUUAAUGUGUCGCCCUAGAAAAUAGGACUUUUUUAUUUUCGGCUUCAGUUGUGUUGUACUAAUUGAACUUUUCUCGAAGCCCCUGAAAACAUACUUCAAAUUAUUUUUGUAUUUCUGAUACUAUUAGGUGGUUAUCACUAAAUGUGCAACAAUCAAGUUUGAAACAACGCCCUUAAGUGUUAUUUAUAAAGGUUGUACUGAUCAAAUACUCUGAUGUGAUCACAUUUCAUUGACAAUGUUGUUGAUUUGACUCAAAUGAUGGUGAACCAGUGCGAACCACAAAUAUCCCAUUGGAAAAUAAUCAAAACAUUUCCAACUUUGUCAGAAAUGCUCCGUUCAUGUUGUGUUAUCAUGGACUUAAAACUAAAAAAAGGAUUGUGUGUCUCCUGAAUCUAAGUUGUAUUUGAAGCGACAAUAAGGAUGUUUAAAGGAUGCAGGUGAUAAGAAAGUGUGUCACUCAUCACAGAUAAUGAGUAAACACUCACUAAACUGGCAUUUAGUUAGAGGGUGAAAGCAAUCAAAAGAGAGGUUGCUUCAGAGAAAGAAAAGAAGCCGAAUGCAUUUCUAAGACAAUGAGAGCAGCCGCUAAACCACUAAAGUAGAUUUAUAUUGUAUUUUCUGAUGAAGGAACAGUGCUGUAUAUUUGAUGGAAAUGUUUUAUCGCUUUGUUUGUUUUUUUUACAAAUCUGUGAAUAUGCGAAUUGGGUUUAGCUCUACAAAUGAAGGAAAGUGAUUUAUUUUGAUAUUCAGUCAUAGAAUCUAGUUAUGGCCAUAUGUGUUAUGUAGAUGCCUUUAAUCAAUUUGAUAAAAGAAAACCAAUGAUGUCACGUUGUUUUGUUUGUUGUUUAAUCGUUUGUGUAAUAACUCCAACAAUUAUGAUGAAUGAAGGAAGGUAGACGCCACAGAUGGACCGAUAAAGCAAACCUGGGACUUUUUAUCGAUGUAUAUCCUAAAAACUGCUGCAAAUGAAAUGUGUAUUUGUUUAAUGUGAUGAAAAUAUGCAACAAAAAUCUAAGUAAAUCAAUGAUUUAUCUUUAUCCAUGUUUCCUUAUGUAUCAUUUUUAAAAGUGGGGAAGUAAUAACUCUUGUUAUGACUGUAAUCUUUUAAAAUGAAAAUUAGAUCUAAUCAUGACCUCAAAUCGCUUUAUGUGUCUUUUUAAAGAUUUAUGUGACUUUUUCAAUCUGUGUAGAAAAAAGACUUCAUUCAUUCUGGGCAUAUGCCGCCUUGUACAGUAUGUAUUUCCCCCAUCUCACUCCUGUGACAGUGGCCAGCUCACUUCCUGUUUGAUGUCCUUGUUGGUUUCUUCUGACUGUGUGUUCAGUACAGUCGGGCCCUUGUGUGUGUCCUGUCUCUGUUUGAUUGCCUGUUUUUCAGAGAACCAAACCCUGGGCGAUGGCGAUGGUGGGAAUUAAAAAGUGGAUGCUGCUCUGAUGUUUAA